AUGUCGGGUGUGUACCUUCCACUAGCUCCAACUCCCAAUCCGGCAGGAUUCGUCCCCCCACCACCUUGUCUUCCACAGUUACGAUGUCUGCCUCCACCUCUGCCUUUACCUCCCCCACCACCACCACCACCACCACCACUUCCUCCAACGUAUUCUGGAUUCCAUUCGAAUAACUGGACAAGUCCAACAACAACGUAUACUCGUGUAGCUGUAGAGGACCUGUUUGUGACGAAUACGGUAUCUGCGCAAAUGCCCAUGGUUUGGCCGCCAUCAACACGCUCAUCGCCGCUCAAUCCGAAUGCCAAUCCAUUCCAGCCAGCCUACCAACGAUCACAACCUCUACCCCAAGCACAUCGGUCAUGUCAACCAGCGGUUGCCAAUCCGCCGCCUGCCAAAAGUACGGCGAAUCUAAAACAGACAACAGGCCAAAUUGCAAGUCCACCCAGCGAAGCGUUACCGAGCAUUGUUCCAAGCCGCAGCCUACCCCAGAACACGUACAUGAGCAGAGGAACAAUGUAUUUUGGUCAGAACACUGGCUCUUCGUUUGAAGACGGAAAUGAGACUGUAGCUUCCGAUACAGAGACAGUUGUGGAACCAGAGAAAAAGCCACAACUAAUGGAUAGUAUUGCUGGGAUCCUCAAGCCUGUGCCCAAACGAGAUAUCGCCAAAAUGAUGUGGGAAGCUGCCGACCUUUACGAUAACGCCAUUAGAACGAUACAGGAGCGAAGAGCAGAGCUUCAAAAGCUCAAAGAAAGAAAAAAGUCAAAGAACAAAGGCGGAAAAGCGAAAGAAUCCACCGAUUCCACAGACGAUAUCGAUCCCGAAAUCAUUGUGAGAGACAUCGUCAAGUCUUCCCAUCGUAAAGCUGCUCGCGAAAGAAAACACGGUGCUGACCAGACCAGAAAACCAUUCGUCUUUCUCAUGCAGGAUCCCUGGCAUGUACAUUUGGGGGAUGGUCAAUCGGGUGUCAAGGUUUCUCCAACUAGAUACGGUCAGUUGAGCCAGACAAAGUUACCAGUUCGGAUGGAGGAGAUCACCACGAACGCUGUUGACUCAAGAACGACAAAGAGUAAAAGUCGCAGUGUCUCGCACACCUUGACUGGAAAAGAGGUCACAGUGAACGAAAUAGCCAGCGCUAUUAUGAGGAUGGAGACGGACCUCUUCAAAAGGAAAGGACCCGCACUUUACAUGACCAAGGCGGCGGUGACCAGUGUGAUCGAGGAGGUACAGUGCUACAUAAUUGACCAGCUGAAGCUCGACCCAGUCAGAGCUCAAGACCGUACAGCUCGUGGGACCAGUGAAGUCCAGAAAUUUCGUCUCAAAGGAGCGCUGAAGUUAUUUGAACUGACAGAGGAAGGUGAUAAGAGUACUGCUGCAAGGAAUGAACAAAAUGGCAUCCUUACCUAUGAUGGCAAAGAGGUAACAGUGAAGGUGAUCGUUAAGGCCAUUGUGAAGAUGAUUCAUGAGAUAUACGGCAGGAGACCGCCGUUUAGGAUCUCGCGUUCAGUACUUACAGAAUUUAUCGCCAAUAAGCAGGAGAAGAUCUUCAGAGUUCUGAAGCUAACAGAUCGUGACUGGACUAAUUCGUAUGAACUCAAAUCAAACACGCCAGUCAUCACCGAAGUCCAGUCUAAAGACUAUGAAGUCAAGGAACUACCCGAAUUCACCGCAUCGUCGCUGAAAACCGCCAGAGCACCGAAAGCGCGUCGUAAGAUCAAGCCCAUAUUCAUUAGGCGAAGGCUCUCAUCCAUUGAAAAUAAAAAGGUUCGUAAGAAGAAAGUGCGCCCUGCUGAUGAUUCAGUGGAUUCUCAGCGUCGGAUUCUGAAGCCACGGAAGAACAGACCUCGUCCAUCUCCAGAGAGACCAUCCAAGGAGAAGUCAGAGUCAGUGACCACAGCCAUCGGACCUGUGGAGAAGGGAAUCAUGGGUUCUUCGAUUCAGUCUCAUGUAAGGUCAUUGCCAGAAACCGCCGGGAUCAAUGGUGAAGAGAGAUUGUCCGCCGACGACGAGUCCAAUGGAACUUCGAGAAGUGGCUCCAGCAAGGAGCUACCUGGGAGUCCUGGCAAGUUCCCUAAGUGCUUCCUCACCCGUCGGAGUACAUUUCGAUAUAGGACAGAGCGAUCUUUCUACAGUUACAGUGCGAACAGCCGAUAUCGGGGGCGACUGCACAAAGUGUUUGUCAGCGGUAUGAGUCCACGGAAUGGGAAGAAGGCGUCGCCAAAAAAGAGGAUCUCUACAGAAUCCGCCGACGAAGAAAAGACAACGACAGUGAAUUCUUCUGAUGUGAUCGCUCCGGCCGUGACCGACUCAUCGUCUAUUUACGGGAGAAUGACGGCAGCACCAACAAGUAUCGUCAUCAGGACCGUUGAGAAGAAGUCGAAGAAGAGAGGGAAGAAAGGCUGGCGAAAGUCGUGGAUCUGA